UGAACAAGAAUUGAAACAUUAUUUUAAAUCAACUUUUCAUGUUGGUGCUCGUCGAGAAAUUGAUAGUUGCUCUUUACCAGGAAAAGGUUUUUAGGUCAAUUAAUUUGAUCACAACAAUGGCCAAAAACAAUUGUUACUCUGGGUCAAGUUUCAUUUCAGCUCAGUUGGAAAUAUUAAAUUCACUUUCUCUUAAUCAACAUUGUGAUUGAUAAAACAAUGAAAAAGAGGCAAAAUUAAUAAUUUACUGGUUCAACCCAAAAUUCAAUAAACAUCAAUUGUCUUUGUUUUCCUUUGAUAAGUAUUUGACUUUGACCACGGAAUCGGCUUCCAGGUUUUUUUCAUAUUAAAAGGUCAACCAAGAUCAAUCGAAAUUUUUCACCAUAAUCGAACAUUUUUGCUCUUCUUUUCAUUUCCCUCUCACUUUCUGGUUAGUAUUUAAACUCAAUCAUUUCUCCAGGAUGAUACUAGAUUCAAUUGUAAACGAUCAGUGAAAAGUGAAAACAAAAAUUUGCUUUGCUAUAAAAAUGAUGAAAAUGGAUGGUCACAAGUUUAUUGCCACAGUUAUCAAUGUAGCUGUGCUUUGGUCAACCCUUGAAGCUGCACCAUUGAGUGGUGAAAAAACAUCUCUGAUUGCCAAGGAAAAGUUAGAAAAUGGAAAAUCUUUACAAUUGAAUGAAACGAAAACUUCAGCUUCAUUCGAUUCGUUUCGAGUCUCCACUCCAGAGACUAAUCGUGAUGGAACCUUACUUUUAGAUUCAUACCACGAUUUCAGGUCCAACCACCAUCAUCCUCACCAUGGACACAACUAUGGUCACGGGUAUGGUCACUAUGGCCAUCACUAUCCUCACCACUAUGGAACAAGAGACGACUUUUAUCAUCAUGGCCACCAUUACAAUUAUCCCAAUCAUCACCAUGAAAUACAUCGUUCUCAUUCUUACCCAUCAGAUGAACCAGAAGUAAAUUCUGAUCGAGUGGAUUCGGUGGAUAAUGGCGAGGAAAUAACUGAUCCUGUUGUUGAUGAACCAGUCUCAAGUGAUUCACCUACAAAUGGCGAGCUUGUUGUUGACCCAGAAACUGAAGAAAACCCAGAGGCUUUGGAUGAACCAAGUGUUACAGAAAAUCCUGAAAGUGAUGUUGAAGAGAUUCCCAUUGAAGAUAUUCCCGGUGAACCAGUUAAUGGUGAAAUGGUUUCAGGCAAUUUAAGGGUUCCAAGAACUUCUCAUGGUUAUGAUCACCGUUAUCAUGACAAUUCCUUUUCUAACUCAUAUGAUCAUCGAUAUCCAAUACUGAGCCACCUUCCACCAACCCAUUUCAAGUGUUCACAUGUAAGGCAUUCCGGUUACUCGCCUAAUGUGGAAGCUCGUUGUCAAGUAAUUUUACCCGGAAAUCGUUCAGGAAAAUGGGAAAUUCUUCACUUUCUCCACAAAUCUAGUCCACAAAAGUCAAAUGCAGUUAUAUAUCUUGACCAUGGAGGUCACCAUCACGGGCAUCAUAACCAUCUUUACCCACACAACUAUCACCAUCCAAACUAUUCCCACUAUCAUCAUCACUCUCGAUACGAUCAUUCCCUUCAUCAUUACAGAAACCAUUACAAUGGCCAUCAUUACCCAAGAAGCAACUACAUUAAACGAAAAAAGUGAAAUCUUCUUAAAUCUCUUGACGCCUGAAUUGAAUAUGAACAUUUGUAUCUUGAGCUUUUUUAUCAAUCAAAA